AUGUUACCAUCAUGUAUUAUCUGCAAAAAGAGAAAGAAGAAAUGUGACUUCAAUUUACCCAGCUGUAAGCAUUGUGAAAGUAUGGGGACUCAGUGUGAGUACUAUGAUGAAGGCCUGGACAAUAAUGUUCCGCGGGAGUAUCUUAAGAGCUUGAACGACAAUGUGAUAGCGUUGAGGAAUGAAAUUGAAAAAUACAGAAAGAAAAUCAACAAGAGAACGUCACAGAACGGCUAUACCGUGGACAAAAAAAACAGGCUUUAUGAAGUUAUCAAAAACGGAACUCUUCUAGAAGGAACAAAUUCAGAGUUGCACUAUUUUGGACCAUGCUCGUUGGUUUCGAUGAUAUAUAUGAGCUCCAUGAUGUUAGAUUUGAGGAUCACCUCCUUGGACCGGGUGUCAAUACUAGACCAUAAGUCAAUCCCACCGGUGAAAAUGACCUUUGACUAUGGAAUGAUUACCAGCGACCAUUCAAAAGUGUUAAUUACAAACUAUCUUACAAAUAUAUACCCUUCCAAUCCAUUACUCUCAGAAUCCUUCUUCCACUUUGAUCUUAUGGUUAAAAACUAUCCGGACAAAAAACAACUUUUUAUCUUGCUUAUUUUGUUGAUUUCUUCUGCACAAAUAAUGAGAAAACGUACAGAUUUUGUGCCUAUAAAGGUAAUGUUACAACAAAAAGUUUUAGAAAUAAUGAAAACUAAGCUAAGCCGUGAGGAUGGUGACUCAAUACUUGCUUUUCUACUCUACGCAUUAUAUGAAUCAUUUGAUCCAGAGACGGGCAAAUCUAUGUGGAAGACACUUUCUUCCGCAUGUGCCAUUGCUGAGCGAUUACAAUUGAAAAAUCUAGAUAAUACCAAGCCACUUCCAGGAUUAAUCGCAUGUACCAUACCAAGAAGUCAAUUUUUAAAAGUUCUCGUUUUUUUAGACUCAGAGAUGUCUUUAUGUCUUGGCAACUCGCCAUCCAUAUCACUUUCCAAAAACCAGAUAUUAAAUUUGAAGGAUCUUUCUUUACAAAGUUACUUUUUGCAAAUAUUUGAAAAAGUCCAAUUUUACAACACCUUGUAUGCUAAUUCUUCUGGCUGUGACAUAGUAAGGUUGUUUGAAUCGCCUAUGUUAACUACACAAAAUGACCCGAAUAUCUGGAUAUUAGCCUCGCCGUUGCUAUCACACAACUGCACCAGCUGUGAAGCUUACUUCUCGACGGUGGUGAUGAACAUUUUGAACGCAUCCAUUGCAAUAAUAGGAGAUUAUGAUUUAAGAAUCAAGGGUACAGGAAUUACUUUGUAUUGGGUUGCUUUGUCUAAGAUCUCAACUGCAGUGCUCAACCUUAUUUUAAUUAAAAAAUUAUAUUAUUCAAACUAUUUUGGAUUACUUGAGAAGAGUACAGUGGUCGAUAAUAUUAUUUUAGGGCAGAGGUUGGUAUCUCAGAUAUCGUCCCAGUGGUAUAGUGCAAACUCUAUCAAAAGCUUUAUAGAUAUGGCUUGUGCAAUACAUAAAUUGCAAGAUAUAUAG